AUGAGCCUACACUUGGAGAAGUCAAACCAAUGCAGCAAUGAUGCAUUGGAGGGGAAUGAGUCCUCUUCCGCCCAUUCUGACGAUGACCUCCAACACCUACUCCAUGUCGCAGACUCUCUACCGCCUCGGGUCUGGAUAGCAGCAUCAAUCGUCGUUUUCGAAAGAUUUACCUACGAGGGCACCCAAAGCAUCUUUCAGAAUUACCUACAACAUAGCCCCUCCGAUUCGAUCCCCGGGGCACUUGGCCUUGGGGAAUCACGAGCCACUACGGUCAAUCUGGCAUUCACAGUCUUGGUGAAUAUUCUGCCAUUGCCGAUUUCGAUCUUGGUAGAUGGUCGAUUGGGACGGUACCUGGCUCUGCAGAUCUUCUUCGUAAUCUAUGCACUGGGAUCUUUGACUCUCUUCAUCACUUCCCUACCUGUCAUGAUGCAUAACGGUACUGCGGCACCGGGUUUCGCCGUGGGAGCUGCGCUGAUUGCCAUUGGGCUUGGAGGGGUUCUGGCCUCACUUCAACCUUUCAUCGCGGAUCAAUAUACAGAUCCCGGAGGGCGCAUUGAGACUCGACCAAAUGGCCGGUGGGUAGUGGUGGACCGCGACCUCACCAUCCAAUACAUCUACAGUGUCUACUACUGGAUGACUAACCUUGGGGCCAUGGGGGCUUUAGCCACUACGAUGAUGGAGAGAUAUGUUGGGUUCUGGUCGAGUUAUCUCCUGGCUCUUUGCUCCGUGUUGGUGUGCCUCGUCAUUGUGCAAGCAGCAGGGAGGAUUUUCGUCCAUCCUCCACCACAAAGCUCCGUUCUUCCUCAGGCCGCCCAAUGUCUCUGGUACGCAUGCCUGAGUGGUUUCAACCUCGAAGCAUGCUAUCCUCAGACCCAACUCACGAUGCACCAGCGUGUCGUUCCAUGGGAUGAAGGAUUUAUCGCGGAGCUUCGAAGCGGGCUAUCCGCCUUCAAAAUCUGCAUGGGCUGGCCCAUCUUCUGGCUCUGCAUGUCCCAAGCCUCUCAGCAAGGCAUAUCUCAGGCCGGCACAAUGCAAAGCCACGGCAUUCCCAACGACGUUCUCAAGGUUUCCAACCCAGUGGCAUAUAUCCUCUUCGGGAUUUUGGUCCAGAAGGUGUUAUACCCGUUUCUGCAGCGCAUCGGGAUCUUGUUCAACCCAGUCAACCGCAUCACCCUUGGAUUUCUCAUCAUGUCCUUAGCCAUUACCUAUUUUGCCGUUCUUCAAGCUGCAACCUACCACACAAGACCCUGCUAUGAUCACCCAUUGGCCUGUGCUGCAUCGAACAGUGAUCACGGCCAGAUUCCAAAUCAGAUCCACAUCUUGAGCCAGCUCCCGACAUACAUCAUCAUCGCGCUGGCCGAGGUGUUCUGCUGGCCGACGGGCGCAGAAUACCUUUACAGCCAUUCGCCAAAGAGCAUGAAGUCGGUGAUGCAGGCGUGCUAUGUGGGAACGUUGGCGCUCGGCUACGGGCUGGGUAUGGCACUGUCACCGCUUGCAAAGGACCCCUACCUUGUGAUUCUUUGGUCGUUGGCAGCUGGGUUGGUGUUUGUCUGUGCUUGUGUCUUUUGGGUGGCCUUUCGUCGGCUGGGACGGGACUCUAGUGGUUAG